AUGCACACAUGCAUCGUUUGUCCGAGGAGCACCAAAGGCCUCACCAGACUGAUCACCCGCCAGAUCAAAGGCAUGUCUUUGCGCCCCGGCCGGCGCCGGAAAAGGCUGCAACGCGAGGCUGAAGAAGCAGCAGCGAAGUCCGGCGAAAGACAGGAAGAAGGAGAAGUCGGAGACGAGGAGGAGCAGAGCGAGUGGGUCUCAGAGCCUGAGCCCGGAGUGUUCAUAACUUUGGUGCCACUGCCCGAGGUAGGCAAUCGCGUGAAGAAGAUACGAUUCAGCAAGGAGCGGUUCGAUGAUUGGGGAGCGCAGAAAUGGUGGAGCGAAAACUACGAUAAGGUUAUGGAGCUCUACUGCAUCGUCUCCCAGCAAUCUUCUCCCACGCUCGCUCCAUCCGACGAUGAAAGUAAAUUAGUUCAUAAUCAAGAAGAAGAAGAAGAAGAAGAAGAAGAAGGAGGGAAUGAAGCAGCAUCACGCUCCUCAAAGAGCACCGCUGGUUCCUCCAAGGCGACCCCAGAGCCGCAACCUCACUGUGAGAUGUCAGUGGAGAUCGGGAACAGGGUGCUCGAGUGGAACGUGGAAGAUGAGACCGGUGUCUUUUUCACUGUGCGAUCGAUGCCUGAUGGCUCUCGGGAGAUUCUACGAAUUGUAUUCAGUGGGGAUAGGUUCGGCGAGAUGAAAACCAGAGUGUGGUGGGAAAAAAACAAGGCGAGGCUGCAACAGCAGUACAGUCUCAAUUUGUAG